CUAAUUGAAUAAUAGACGUAGGUACUAGGUAGGUAGGUAGGUUAGGUACUAUCUGAAGAAGAAUAUCAUUUGGAUGGACUUCUUUCGAUCGAAAAAACGUGAUUCGUGUUGUAACCGACGUUGUUCGACGAAAAAAGCUCCGGUGACUAAAUCAGCUUUGCCGUUGUCGACUCGUAAAAAUAUGGAGAGAUUUGUUGGUAAAGUAGCAGUUGUGACUGGAGCCAGUUCCGGAUUCGGGGCUGAGACUUCGAAGCUGUUAGUUAAACAUGGCGUCAUUGUGGUUGGUUUGGCGAGAAGAAUUGAAAGACUUCAGGAAUUGUCUGCUGAAAUGGAAAACUCGGACGAAUAUUCGGGUAAAUUCCAUCCUUUGAAAUGUGAUCUGACUAGUGAAGAAGAAAUACAAUCAUCUUUCAAGCAGAUUUUUGAUGAAAUUGGGCCAGUUUCUAUUUUGGUAAAUAAUGCUGGUGUGAUGGAUCUUUCUUUAUUAAGCGAAAUUUCCUCAGAUGGGUUUGAUAAGUUAUUCAAUACUAAUGUAAAAGCUGUUCUUCUAUGUUCCAAAGAAGCCAUUAAAAAUAUGGUCGAUAACAGCAUCGCUGGCCAUAUUAUAAACAUAAAUAGCGUUCUGGGACACGUUAUAGUAGACGCAGAGCCAAACUUAUACAUUCCAUAUUCAAGCACAAAACACGCUGUACGAGUAAUCUCUGAAGGAUUAAGACGUGAAAUGAUAAGCAAUAACAGUAAUAUCAAAGUCACGAAUUUAAGUCCAGGCUACGCUGCCACAGAUUUCACUCUCGGAGAUGAUUUCGCUCCUCGAUCUGGAUAUUCUGCUUUACGUGCUGAAGAUAUAGCAAAUGCUUGCAUUUGUGUUUUAAAUACACCACCUGAAGUGCUAAUAUCGGAACUGACUGUCAGACCAUUAUAUCAGAGAUUGAUGUACUCGUACAUACUCUUAUUACGUUGUAACGUUAUGGAAAGAUUUGCAAAUAGAGUUGCAGUUGUGACUGGAAGUAGUUCAGGAAUUGGAUCUGCAAUUAGUACAGAAUUAGUGAAGUAUGGAAUUAUCGUCGUUGGUGUGGCCAGAAGAAUUGAAAAUUUACAGAAACUUGCUGAUGAACUGAACGAACCUGGUAAACCUGUCCGAUUUUAUCCUGUAAAAUGUGAUGUGACUGUGGAAAGUGAAAUUGAGAACUCAUUUAAAUGGAUCACAUCCGAGCUUAGUGGCAUCGCCGUGUUGAUCAACUGUGCCGGAACAUCACAUCAAACUUUGCUUCGUGAUGCACAUGGGGAAAGUAUAUCUCAAAUCUUCGAUACUAAUGUAAAAGCAUCGAUUCUGUGUUCGAAAUUAGCUGUUGAAAGCAUGAUGAAAAAUUCUAUACCAGGUCAUAUCAUAAAUAUAAACAGCAUUCUAAGUCAUGUGAUAAGUAAUGUCGAUAUGUUUAAACGGCAUCAAAUUUAUUCAGCCUCUAAACACGCUCUAAAAGUCAUCUCAGGAGCAUUACGUCAAGAACUACUUGACCAAAAAUUGAAUAUCAAAGUAACGAACUUGAGUCCGGGAAUUGUGGCAACUGAAUUGACAAGGAGGCACUUACCAACUAUAGAUUCGCUACCCUCAACAGAUGUUAUGCAGCCGAAGGAUGUUGCUGAUGCAUGCGUAUAUGUUUUGAGCACGCCGGAGAACGUAUUGGUCUCCGAGCUCACGAUAAUGCCUCUUCAUCAAAAAUUUUAGAUUCAAGGUACCUAGAUCUCUUCCAGGCGUUAUGGGUAAAAGUGACCCUUCUGUUUGAAUAUAAUAAACGCAAAGGAGCAAAGAAUACCUACCCAUUGGUAAUAACUAGGUAUUGAAAAUGGUUGUGUUAUCUACCGUUGCAUUUGAAAUUCUAGAAAAAUACUAUAUUAUUUUAUGUACGAGUGUCGGAGUAUGUGUAUUGUGUAUAGAUGUUUUAUCAUUUUGAGUUACCUCCUUACUUCAUUGUAAGAUUUAGUUUGAUGUUUCCCAAUCAAUACAUAUUUACUUAUUAACAUA